AUGUAUGACAACCUUUAUGAUGAAAAGAUGACAUAUGAUAUCAUGCUGGACUUACUAUUCACACAACAAGAAAACGUGCAAAAGAACGGACCUAAAAGGAAAUAUAUGAAUGAGGAUGUGUUUGCUGUCAUUGCUGGUCUUGAUACAAAAAAUGCCUACCAGGUGGGAACAGUUUCAAGUGUCUUUAAGAUUCCGCAGGAGCUCCCAACAACAGCUCAGACAUGUGCUAUUUCUUUGCUGUCAUCACCACUGUUUUUUCUCCAUCAGUUUAACUAUGGUGCAUAUGAGUCUACACUUAGAGGUACAACAGAUUUCCCAUUUUUGUAUCGAAUGUCACCAAGAGAAACUCUUCAACCCAUUGGAAUUACUCAGCUACUUUUGCAUUUCAGAUGGACAUGGGUUGGGCCCAUUGUUUCAAAUGAUGAUGAUGGAGAAAGCUUUGGUCAGAUCCUGACAUCUCUGCUUCUGCAGCAUGGCAUUUGUGUUGCCAGCCAGUAUAAAGUAGGAGAAUCAAAAUAUGUGUGGCAUGAAACGUAUCGCAACUAUAUGUCAAAGUUAUAUACGGAACUUUUCUUAAGUGAGAUAAAUGUGGUAAUAGUCAGUGGAGACUACAAUUCAAUGAGUGGAUUACAAGACCUCAUGGGACGAAAUUGGGAGAUCAAUCCUGGGAAAGUUUGGAUCAUAACUGCUCGGUGGGAUUUCAAACAGCAUAUUGGUUUAUUUGUAACACCUCCAGAAACGUACAAAGGUGCUUUUUCUUUUUCAGUCCACAAAAAGCCUGUGCCAGGUUUCCGUGAGUUUCUUGGGAGCUUUAUGUCUGAUAAGCAAGUGAUUCGCUUUUUCAUGGAUUUCUGGUCAACUGCUUUUAUUUGUUAUUUUUAUGAAGACAGCUUUUCACGUUGUUCACAAAGUAAGAUGUGCACAGGCAAAGAGAAACUGGAAUAUCUGUCUGAGUAUACAUUUGAUAUGGAUAUGACUGGGGAGACCUAUGGUAUCUACAAUGCUGCCUAUGCUGUAGCCCAUGCUUUACAUGCCAUCCAUGAGUCCAGACCAAGAAGAGACAGAAGUGAACAGCUGGAUAUUCAAUCAUGGCAGCUGAAUUCCAUACUGAAAAACAUACAUUUUAACAAUGGUGCAGGGCACGAAGUAUUGAUUGAAUAUGGAGAAGUUUCAGCUGGCUAUGAUAUCAUCAACUGGCUCAUUUCCCCUAAUUUCUCUGUCAUUAAACCCAAGUUUGCAAGUAUUUCCCCAAACCAUGAGUUCACCCUCACUGGCAUAGAUGUUGUGUGGAACGACAGACUUAAACAGGUAGGAAAAUACUUAGCAGCUUAUAGUCACAACUGA